GUAACUUACGUUCCAAUUAAACUGAUUUAUCUUUUAAUAUGCUUUUGUUUAUUAAUAUAGUUCAGAUAAGCAAAAUGAUUACCAAUUAGAUACGUUGGUUUUAAUAGAACACACGAUACAUAAUGAUGGAAGAUGAUAGUAAUGAUGGACCGUUCACGGUAUGGCAAAUGUUUAAUGCACCCACUCUUGUUUUAUUUAACAAUUUGGAACACGCAGCAGAUGGUCUUGAUAGACUAUUAACUUCUAUAUUAAAACUGUCAGGGGAUUUUACAGAAGUUUUAGUACCUAGACCAGGUGUUUCAAAAUGGCCAGAUUCCUAUUAUCAUGCUUUCAAUACAUGGCUUAUUGGAAGACUAUUUUAUAUCUGUUCAGUGGACGAUCUAAAAAGAAUUCAUAUAACAAGCAAGGAGGCACAAAUAAAAAUCCUUAACAUUUUAUGUACAAAUGGAGCCUCAUUUUAUAAAAGUCUACAUUCAGAAUAUUAUACAAUUUUGAUAACACUUUUACAAUACUAUAGAGAUUUUCCAAGUGAAAAAGUCAAAGCUAUCACAUUAGAAAAUUUUACACCUGAAAAAAUAGUCAUACCAAAUGUUGAUAUACAUUUGGAUCCCAUUUAUGUUAAGGUGGACAAUAUUAUGACAUGUAAAACUUUAAUUGAUUUGGUGUUGCAACUCUUAUCUGAAAGUAUUCCACCUGGUUUGUUAUAUUGUAUUAAACAAGACCUUGAAGAAGAUGUCUUCGCUGAAGUCUUGAAUGCAAUUGAAGAUUUUAGCAUGGAUUUAAAAUAUAUGGGUUUUAGUUUUUUUCUUAAUUUAAUUAAAAAUAUAAAUACAAAUACUAUUUCAAAAUUUCAUGAUUUAUUUCCUUGCAUUUAUCAAAGAUUGUUAUCAAGCCUGGAAGCCCUUGUUCAAUUGAUGAGUGUUCUUCAUGAUAAAUCUGAAAUUGAUACAAAUUUGCUAAAUGAUUUGAACAAAAUUGUAUUAGAAUUAAUAAAAAAUAUGGAAAACAACAUUGAAUCUGAAAGUAGUGUAAUUGGGAUUUGUUCUAUAAUCCUACGAAACAAAACAAGUAGAAUAUUCCAUCAAGAACUUAAAUUGUAUUGCUUGUCAUUAAGUUGUAAGAUCAACCUAUCAGAGGAAUUAUUAAUGAUAACAGAGAUCGACUCUUCACAAAUACAUGAACUAUCAAACUGUUAUUCUAAAAAUAUUGCCGAGCACAUCAGAUCAAAUAGAAAAGUAGAAAGGAAAAUAAAUCUAAAAGAAAAUUGGUACUACAUUCAAGUAAUAUCUGUUAUUAAUGGAAUAAAAUCGUGUGAAGAUAUAAAUAUAGAUACGUUUUUAGCUAAUUAUCAUUUACAAAGAUGCCAUAAAGCUCUGGGUAUACUAGAAAUAGUUAGCAUCGAAGAUAAGAUGUAUAUUUCUGAAAAAGGACAAACUGUCUAUGAAUUCAUAAAUAGACAAAAUAUUUUGAAUAUAUGGCAUACAUUGUCCAAGUUAAUAAAACAUCAUCAAAGUAUGAUUGUCGGCAAUGAAACUAGUUUAGAAUUAAUUAUGAACAUUGUAUUAAGUACAAUUAAUUUAAGUGAAAACAUCACCAGAGAAGACGCUAAUUUAAUAUUGGAGAUUCUAUGUUUGCAAACAUCAGCCACAUUUUCUGAACAUAAUUUGCUAUUUAGUGAUACUAUAAAAAAAAUUGUACUAAAGUAUUUAUUGAUUGCUAAAAUAUAUUUAAAAGCUGGUGUCACUGAAAAAUGGAACAAAAUAAUAACAUUUUUGUAUAGUUCUGUGAUAAAAAACCAAGAUUUAGAUGUCUCAAGAAAUGUUACAGAUUUGUUUCCUUUUAUGCAAAUAAACAAAAUGAUUUCUGCAAGUAAAAUAAUUGGAGAUAACUUGAUGCCAGUUUUUAUGAUUAAGGAUGUAGAUCUGCAAAUGGAGAUCCUAAAAGUCAUACCGGCCAUCGCUUGCAUGUCCUUAGGCUCUCACAGCAUCAUUAUAAGUAAUGCUAAAAAUCCUACAGGCCAAGUAAUAUUCACAAACUCUGUUAUAAGUAUUUGUGUUAAUUGUUUUAAUUGCCAUAACUUUAAUGAAAAUGUUAGUAACUCUGAAGAUUUUUGUUCACAAGUUAAGAAAGAGUUCAAGGUAUUGCAUUCAGACAGCAAUUUGAUGACGCCUACAAAAAUUUCAAUAUUUACUGGUCUCAAAAAAUUAUUUGGUAAAUUUAUAAAUAUGAAUAUAUGCAAAGAAAUUGGUGAUGACUUUUGGAAAAUUGUUAGAAGAUUAUGCAACCACUAUUAUAUUUUUGAUUUUGAAGUUUCUACCAAAAUUAUUAAUGAAUCUUAUUUGCUGGAAGGUCUAAAGGUCUUUAAGCCUUUUAUUGACAGUACACAGAAUCAUAAACAUCCGGAAUGGAUUUCAAAGAUUGAUGUUCUAAUUAGUUUGUUUAUAAAAUUACUAGUAAGUUCUACAUGCACAAGUUUGGAAAACAAUGAUUAUACUAUGCAAGCAACUACGCUGGAUUGUAUCAAAGAAUUGGGAUUAUGUCAUAAUGAUAAAUUAAUUUUUCCCAUCACGAAACUGCUAAUUUACUACAUAAUGCAUCCCCUGUGUUCACUGUCUCCGAAAGCAAUUGUCGAUUUAAGGGAUGUCUGUGAAUUUCACAAUCAAACUCCGAAUCAAGUGUACCACAGGUACAAGAAGGAUUACUGUAAACUAUUUGUUGAAUGCAGUUUAUACAAUGGGAAAGAUUUCGCCGUAUAUCUUUUAAAAGUCGUACGAGCGUUUGGAUUUAUAGGAUACCGGGAUUUUAUAUCGAAAGAUAUUCACCAUUUUUUACCGUAUCUCAUACCUUAUGCUGCGGUUGUGAAGGAAGUUCCGUCUAUGAUAGAAGAAAUCGCAACACUUGUUCAAUGUUCCGUAUCAGACUUCUUAAUCGAAAGGUUCCCACAUAUAUACGUUCACGUUUAUUUAACGGAAUCUAACGAAGCAGCCAAAAAGUGUUACGAUGUAAUCGAAAAGCUUACCAAAACUUCAACUCGAAAUCUUAUCAAAAGACACUUCAGAGUAAUAUUGACGGAAUUUCUGUUGCAGUAUUGCGUGAACCCAGAGAAAGUUUUGGAUGCGUGUAGAUAUCUAGCAUGUCACGACCCGGAUGUGUCAACUCCUCAGUAUAGUAUGAGUAUGAGUACUACACAAAUAGCAGAGUUCCUUAAUCCCAAAUUUUUGGGUGUUUUAGCGUAUUUCGAUCAUAAGCUGGUUAAUAGCAAAGUGGCUUUGUCGGUUAAACGUAAAGCAUUGAAGAGCUUUCCGGAUAUAAUGCAGCUAAUGGGAACGCAGUAUCUCACACCUCUGAGAUUUAAAGUCCUUGCAACUUUAAGAUCGGCAUUACCGUUAGCGAAGGAAUUUCCGAAAAUUCUUGCCGAAGCAUGGGGAUCAUUCGUUCACAAUAUUGACAGUAUUUCACUGGGUCCUCUACUGUCCAACUUAGCCGUCUCACUACUGCAACAGUUUGAAUACGCCCCACACGAAAUUAAUAAAAUCUUCCAGUAUAUUAUACUGAAAAAUGAAAAUCUUCUGAGCGCCCAUAUAUCUGACUUAUUUUUCGUAGAAGAUUCGAAAAUUUCGGAGAGAGUUAAGAUAGUUAUAAAAAAACACGUUAAACGGACACAGCCGGAUGGUUUUCAAGAUAGGAUUAAGUGGUACUUGCAACAUUUGAAUCAUGACAUUUCAAAUAUAAAGGCCUCUGCUUUUUCGCACUUGAACAAAUUGUUGAAGAAUAACAGAUCCGAAAUACACAGAGCUAUCUUCGGAGGAAAGAAUAUAGAGCCCAUCAUGGUAGAACUCAUAGAUUCUUUACUGGUCGGCUGCAAGGAGGCGAGCGCGGCGGUGUCGCUGGCGAGCGGCGCGUGCCUGGGCCAGCUGGGCGCGGUGGAGGCGGGCCACCUGCCGCGCCAGUACGUGCAGCCCGACCGCUCGCCCUUCGCCUUCUCCAUCAGCGACGACUGCUUCGCCGCCACCGCGCUCGUGGAGCUCACCAGGGCCUUCCAGUACGAGAAGGAUACGAUGAACAUGGACUGCUAUGCUCUAACUAUUCAAGAGAUAUUAAAAAUAUAUGACAUAUCACCGACUGGAACGAAAAAGGAAGUUUGGGAUAGUUUUCCGGAAAAUAUGCAUCAAGUCAUGUAUCCGUUACUUAGUUCGAGGUACACUCUGGCAUAUCCGUCUCAACCGAAGAAAAUACAUCCUUUAUUUGGUUCUGUUCACGGUACCGUGUUUCUGGAAUGGGCUCACAACUGGACAGGCCAAUUAAUACCUUCAAUAGAGUCCGAAAGUAUUCGCGAACUUUUGCGUACGGUUCAUCCAAGUAUGCGUCGCGACGUUCGGACACUAUUCCUAUUCAUGCCUUAUGUACUGCUCCACGCUAUUAUGUCCAAUAAGAAUGUAAACCUCAUACAGGAAGAAAUAAUGGCUGUUAUAGGCGUAGAAAAUAAUGAAAACAACAUUCCCGUAACAGUGGAGAGAUCUAAGUAUAAAAUGUUGCGGCAUAUAAGGAUGACACCAAAUAUUAAUUCAGUUCAAGCAGAAGGCAAUCAGAAUAAGUGUAGCAAGACAAUAUACACGUUACUGGACUUCCUGAAUCGAUGGCUCCUGGAAUGGACUAACGUGAAGCAAAGACCUUUGGAGAACGAAAAUUACAAGUCAAUAAAGAAGUUUGUGGAGAGUUUCGACAAACUAAUGAUAGCUCGCGGUAAUUACGCGUGCGGCGAACUCGAACGCGCCUUGCAGUACCUGGAGCUGUACAUGGACGAGGAUAAAGGACACGUGCAGGAACAGCUGCCGCUGCUAGCUGAGAUAUACGCUUUGUUGGACGAACCCGACUCUGUUGCCGGUAUCCUAUCCAUCAAGAGGUCGGAGCCGUCCCUGAAGGAGUUCAUCCUGACGCAGGUGGUGACGGGCCGCCUGCAGGACGCCGCGCUGUGCUGCGAGCGCCUGGCGCGCGACGGCCGGCUGGACCGCCACAGCCUGCAGGGAAUGAUCGAAUUCUACUUGGACCUCGAUCAGCCAUUCACAGCAUAUCGUCUGCUCAGCGAACACAACUCCGAUAACAUGAUGGAAUUAUCAGCGGAGCCGCUGUGGAGAUUGGGAAGGUUCGAACAGUUAGAAGAACUGGUGAAGAAGCCGGUGCCGCCUUCACGUGAAAAUUGGGGACUCUUAAUGGGCCGAAUUCUACUCGCUUACCGCAAGGAGGACCAUGAUAUGUUUACAACGUCCUGCGACAACGCAAUGAAGAGAUUGCUUCAAGAAAUGGACGGGAAAAGUCGAGAGGAAAGUGCGCUCAGAAGUGGCUAUCAGAGCGUUCUCGGAUUGCAUAUUAUUACGGAGGCGGGACACGCCGAGGAGGUUUUGAAAAGAUUAAAAAAUAUCGACGACGGAAGCGGACAAGGUAUCGAAGUGAUUAAUGAGCUGCUGGGCGAGUGGCGACAGAGACUGUCCGUCGUUCAAUCGGACUUCAGAACUAUUGAGCCUCUUCUUAGACUCAGGAGGAUACUGUUGCACCAAACACAGGAAUUACUUGAACCAACUCACCCAUUGACGGCGAGUAGGCUGAAGACCUGUAUCGGUGAUCUGUGGUUGCAGAGCGCGAAGCAUGCCAGAAAAGCAGGCGUAUUCCAGCAGUCAUACAUGUAUAUUUUAAAUGCUGAGGAAUACAAACCGGAAGAACUAUUCAUCGAAAAAGCGAAAAUAUACUGGGCUCGUGGUCAGCAGGAACACGUGAUGACCACACUCCGGCGUGGUAUCGAAGAGGCAUUCCCGGAUUUAGAAAACCUUACGCAGGAACAGAGAAAAAUAUGCGCCAAAGCGAAGCUCUUGAUCGCCAAAUACAAUGAUGAAACAACGAAUGUUGACGUGGAUGUCAAUAUUGGGUACUACAAGGAGUCCGUUGAGGUCUUCAAACAGUGGGAGAAAAGUUUGGUGUGCCUCGGCUCGUACUACGAGAAGGCGAGCAGCACGGAGAGCGCCGCCAACUCCAGCGCGCUGUGGGCGCGCCGCCUGUACGCGCUCAACAGUUACGGGAAGGCGCUGCAGUACGGACACAAGUACCUCUACCAGAGCAUGCCGAGGAUGCUGUCUAUAUGGUUGGACGUCGAAGUGACUGCUGCGGAUACGAGUAUUCACUCAAUACUGGCGCAAAUGACAGAAAUCAUAAAGACAUAUUCCGAGAGGCUCCCGACGUAUCUAUUUUUGACGGCCUUUUCGCAGAUUAUAUCGAGAAUUUGUCACCCAGUCAAAGAGGUGUACCAGCAGCUGAAGGCGAUCAUCGUGAAACUGGUGCUGGCGUACCCGCAGCAGUCGCUGUGGAUGAGCCUGAGCGUGCUGCAGUCGGGCUACGCGGUGCGCGCGCGGCGCUGCGCCGACGUGUUCGCGGCGCCCGCGCUGCGCGAGCCGCCCGCGCGCCGCCUGCUGCACGACUUCACCGCGCUGGCCGAGCGCCUCAUCGAGCUGUGCAACAACCCGCUGCCCGCCGCCGGCUCGUCGACCACGGUGUCAGCUAUCGUCCGAGGUCUGCCGCGGCUCCUUUCAUCCGAAAACUUCAGUCAUAUCAUGAUGCCGUUCCAAGAAUUCUGCAAAAUAGUACUACCAUCAAAAGCAGCCAGACAAGAACGGAUCGACUUCAACAUACCGACGGAACCGGCGGUUUACAUCGCCGGUAUCGAAGAACGUGUAACUAUACUGCCGUCGUUGCAGAAACCGAGAAAAGUUACUUUACGAGGUUCCGAUGGCAAAGCUUAUAUAAUUAUGCUGAAACCUCGAGAUGAUCUCCGUAAAGAUUUCCGUCUGAUGGAGUUCAACGGUGUUGUUAAUAGAUUUCUUCAGGAUGCACCAGAAACCCGUAAAAGACGGCUCUACAUAAGGACAUACAGUGUUUUGCCCUUAAACGAGGAAUGCGGUCUUAUCGAAUGGGUUCCAAAUUUACUUGGCUUAAGACCUGUUCUCAUGCAUAUUUAUAAACAAAAAGGUAUCCAUACAAAUAAUCGCGAGCUGAAAGAAAUGAUGUGCUCUAAUAAAGAUCCCGUCGAGAAAAAACGCCGUAUUUAUGAAGAACAAUUACUGCCGCGACAUCCGCCUGUAUUCCAGGAGUGGUUCAGAAGAGUAUUUUCUGACCCAUAUGGAUGGUAUCAAGCUAGAUCAGCUUAUAUACGUACGACAGCUGUGAUGUCCAUGGUUGGCUAUAUUUUAGGCUUAGGAGACCGACAUGGUGAGAAUAUAUCCUUCGACUCAACGAACGGCGACACAGUCCACGUUGACUUUAAUUGUUUAUUCAACAAGGGUGAAUCGUUCGAAUGGCCAGAGAGAGUACCGUUCAGAUUGACACAUAACAUGGAAGCCGCUAUGGGGCCUCUAAAACAUGAGGGCAUGUUUAGGAAAAGCUGCGAGGCGGUGAUGGUGGCGCUGCGCGCGCAGACGGCGGCGCUCAUGUCGGUGAUCGGGCCCUUCGUGUACGACCCGCUCGUGUCGUGGGGCCGCUCGCGCGCGCUGGAGCACGGCGAGCGCACCAACGAGCAGGCGCUGCAGCACCUGCAGCACAUUCGGCAGAGGCUCAACGGCAUGGUAAAAACGAAAAACAAACAAUUGUCGUUAUCUCUGUCGCCUGAAGGCCAAGUCGAACAUUUAAUCAUUGAAGCAACGAGCGUACACAAUUUAUGCCAGAUGUAUAUUGGUUGGGGACCCUUCCUUUGAAAACAUUUUACAUUUAUUAUUCAAGUUUACAACAAUAAUUACGGGUUAUUUUGUAAGAAUUCAACAAUAAAUAUUUUUCAGUAAA